AUGCCACCCUUUUGUCCAUCUUCACUGAACCUCAACACAGGAACACUUGAGGAUGGACGUGGUGAGAUUACAGUACGGUGCUUUAAAGAAGACAAGCGCUACAUAUUGCAACAGUUUAUCAAUGAAACUGUUAUCAUAAAUUACUUGCCUCCCAAGAAUAUUGUGUCAAUUUAUGGGUGUAGUUCUCAUCACGAGGAACCUCUACUAGUGCAAGAAUACCUAUCCAAUGGAAAUCUUGCUGCUCAUUUUCAAAGUAACAUUUUACUACCUUGGCAUAAACGACUGGAUAUAGCCAUUGAUAUUGCAAAUGCAUUGGACUAUCUUCACUAUUACGGCAUCAUCCACCGGAAUGUGAAGUCCAGCAAUAUUCUCCUACAUGAGAACUUUUCUGCUAAAGUUGGUAGAGUAGGUUCAAGUGGUUAUAUAGACCCAGAGUAUUUGACAAAAGGCCAGCUUAGCGUAAAAAAUGAUGUUUAUAGCUUUGGAGUGGUGUUGUGUGAGCUUCUAUCAUCACAGCUGGCAAAAAAUUGGGUUCUGAAUGAAGAGGAAAAUCUUGCUACCCUUUUAAGCAGAAAAAUUGAAAAACCAAUCUUUGGUGGAGCUUUUGGAUCCAAGACUUGGGUCCCAAUCAAACCUUAUGAUCAAGCAGGUGAUGACUGCUACAGCUGA